AUGGCACCCCCCCCGCCGCCACCGCCGCCCCACUUGUGUCCGCCCCCGCCCCCAUGCAGUACCCUCCCACCGCCGGUGGGCCCAGCAGCGGAUUCUUCCACACUCAGCCUAGGAUGGAGAACUCCGGACAAGGUCAGGCCCAGUGGCCCAGAUCAUCAUCUUCUACAGCCGACGGCCAUGCCGGUGGUGCCGCCGAUGUGUUCAACGGAAGAGACGACCUGGUGAUCGACGAGGGCACCAUUAACUUGUCCAGCGCCUACUCCGACGGGUCAGCCCCCUCGAUAAUUUUCGAAUCGAUGUGGUUUUCCCUUCAAUUUUUAAAAGCAGCCAUAAAUAAUAUUUGGUGUGCGUCAGGCUGGUGAGCGCGUUGACGCUGGCGCUUCAGGGCUCGGGAGUGGACCUCUCCCAGGCCAGCAUCUCCGUGCGGAUCAACCUCGGGCGGCAGGCAGUCGGUCGGCAGGCCUCGAGCAGCAAGGUGACCAACCAACCAUCGCCGCCCUGUCAUUUCCCUGUCUUCGCCCAGAGAACAACGGAGGAGAAGGUUUCAAACGAAGUGUAGGUGAUUAAGGAAUGAAUAUGUUUGGUUGUGCAGGAGCCGGACGGGCCUUCUUCCAGCAACCAGGCGGCGGGGGGGCACUCGAGGGUCGCCAGCAGCGGCGAGGACUCCGAGCAGCAGCGCCCCAGCAAGAAGAAUAGGAGGAGACCCGCGGCCAGCUAGCACAAGAAAGACCCCAACCAUUCUUCUUCUUCUUUCUCCGGCAAGAGGGUGCCCGUGUACAGAGAGAGAGAGAGAGCGCCAAGAAAGGUCCGGGCAGGGUGGGGGUAUUUAUUCAUUUAUUCUAUCGGGCGUUCGCCUCCCAAAGUCACAUAGUGUGGGAUGAAUGAUGCUUUUGGUCUCCGGAUUCAUUCAUUUCUUUCCCGCGCGCCUCUUCAUACGUAUCGCUGCCGCUCAAAAUCGUCAUUGGGGAAAGACAGCGGCUUCUCGUCGCGGGGAAACUAUACAACUAUAUAUAGAUAGUUUCAUCAUCAUACAGAGUUUCCCAACCAUCGUCGUGUCUGGUCAAUUCUUCUGCACGGCCGCGGCGACGAAGGCCUCGCAGUGAGGGUAGUCUCCGGCGGAGAGGACGUCCCCGAGGAGGCCCAUGACGUCGAACGCCUCCUGCAGGCUCUCGGCGGAGGUCAUGUCCUCGAGCCACGGCAGCAGCUCCUUGGAGAACCCCGCCAUCUCCUUCACGUUCCCCAGCCGCUCCUUCAUCGCCAGCUCCCACCUCUCCAAACCCCCGCCGCCGCUGCCCCCGUCCGCUGCUGCUGCUGCUACUGCUGUUGCUGCCGCUUCCCCUCCUCCCGCUCUGGGCGGCAGCUUGAAGAAGCACUGCAGCCGCUCGAUCAGCCCCACGUAGACGAGGAUCGGCUUGACGACGGCGAAGAGCUCGGCGGGGCGGCCGUGCACCUGCUGCUGCUGCGCGCAGGCGUGGUGCAGGCCGCGCUGCAGGAAGGUGACGCGGUGCCGGGACCAGUCCUCGUAGGACUCGGACAGCAGGGAGGCCACCAUCAUGAACUGCACCGUCUCCUCGGCGGCGGCGGCGGCGGCACGGACCCCUCCGGCAGGCGAAGUCACCGGCGGAGGCGCAGCCGCAGGUGCCGCCGGGGGGGUCAGAUACGCCGCCACCGACCGGGCCAGAGUCCGGCGCUGCUGGCCGGAGGAGCUCCCCUGCUCCAGCAGGUGGGCGGCCAUCUGCACCAUGAAGGGCAGGAACCGCGCGUUGCUCUCCUUCCCUCCGCCCCUGCUGUCCGCGCUGAACGACGCCCCCGUCGCAAACCGCGCCAGCAUCUACAAGAACAGAGCAAGGAAGAGCAGUCAGUCAGUCAGUCAGUCCAGUCAAACACACACCGGCGGAAGUGAAGAGGGAAGAGGACCAGGAGCGGCAAUAGUGGGAGAUAUAUAUACCAGGACGAUGUCGUAGGUGAGGAGGCGGAGGCGGCUGCCGUCGGCGCGGCCGAGGGCGGCGAGGUUCUCCCAGUGCUGGUCGACGUAGCGGAGGUACUGGGGGAGGGGGACGGAGGGGCCCCUGAGGGGGAAGACGCUGUUGCAGAGUGUCUCGUUGUUCCUCAGCGCCGCCCCCUCCCACUCCUUCUUGGGAUUCUUCAGCGCCGCGUCCGCCCGCUUGGCCUCGUGGUGGCACUGGAAGUGGAUCACGUUGA